UGCAUUCUUUGAGUGCGUGUUUAUGCGCGUACAGAGCAUUUGUUCACCCAGCACACUUGUCCAUAGCUACCCACAGUUGUCUCCACACCCUUUAGAGAGAGAGAGAGAGAGAGGGAACCCAUCUCUCUCCCGUUACAUGCAUCUAUACAUACAAUUUACAGUGAGGGAAUCGUGAGACUGUGAAAGAGAAUUGUUCGGAACCGAUGCUGUGGCGGAUAUGGGGAAGGCCGAUAACCAGCGACUGCCAGUUGUGCAGCACUCUAAUGGCAGUAGUGCUUCUGGAACCUUCCUCUGCCGGAGAUGUUCGGUGGGUGUUUGCAGGCUCUUCAGCGUUAAAUGCGUUGUUGUUUUGAUGUUCAGUGUCGUCGCUUUUCUUUCCGCACUUUUCUGGGUUCUUCCUAUUCGAUACAGGGAAGCUGGGUUUGAUGCUAAAGACUCCAUCAAGCGCAGUGCCACUGUUCAAGCAUACUUUAAGCUUCAAAAACCAGUUUCCAAGCUUGUACCAUACACUGCGAGACUAGAAUAUGAUAUCAAUGACGAGAUAGGCGCCCCUUCCUUGAAGAUUGCUGUUCUGUCCAUGCACCAGGCACGCUUAUCUAACCAUACCAGCAUAUCGAACUGGACAGAUGUGGUGUUUGGCUUCCAUCCUGAUCUCAUCAAUAGUACAAUCACUCCAGUGGCCUUGAGUCUGUUGAAGUCAUCCUUGAUAGAUCUGUUUCUUCAGCAAUACAAUUUGACAUUGACAUUCCCGAUUUUUGGAGAGCCCUCUUCAUUUGAGAUUCUGAAAUUUCCUGGUGGGGUUACCAUAAUACCGGAACGAGUUGCUUUCAUACCUCAGCCCCUUUUCAAUUUCACUCUCAAUAGCUCAAUUUAUGAUAUAAAGGAAAAUCUUCUGGAUUUGAAGAAACAACUAAAAUUGGGAUUGAAUCUGAUGCCCAAUGAGGUGGUAUAUGUACAGGUAACAAACAAGCAUGGCUCAACAAUAGAUCCUCCUGUUACAGUUGAAGCUUCUGUUGCAUCUGAUCUGGGAACUCUACUGCCAGAGAGAUUGAGACAGCUAGCUCAAGUAAUUACUGGGUCUCCUGCAGAAAAUCUUGGCCUUGAUCAUUCUGUUUUUGGAAAAGUUAAAGAAAUUAGCUUGUCUUCGUUUCUAAAUCAUUCACUUCAUGCCCCAACACCAUCUCCUUCUCCAUCUCCAUCUCCAUUUUUUGAUACUGGUCCAUCCAUGACUCCAUCUUAUUCUCCUGCCUUUUCACCUAACACUCAUCAUUCGCUACCACCUUGUUCUAACUGUUAUACUUCUGAACCAUCUGGUGCGAGCCCUCAUUCUGCACCCAGUCCACAGAAUCUCGGUUACCAUUCUCUAUCUCCAAUUUCUGAUGCUCCUGCACCCUCAGUAGCUUUGGGCAGUCCACAUUGUGGUUCUACUGAUCCACUGAGUCCUUCUCCAACUCCUCAUCCCCACCAAAUGUCUCCCAAUUUAUCACCUUAUGCCUCCAUUGAAUCCCCAGGUGCAGUUUCAACACCUCGGAUGUCACCAAGUCAUUCUCCAUUGCCUGGUGUUGCAUAUGGUGCUCCAGGUCCAGAUGGAAGGAGUGGGAAAGCUUUGGUGUCUCCACUGCAUGUUUCAUCAUCUUUUGCAUCUGCCUGCUCAUCAGGCACUUGGAAGAUUCAGUGGAUAAUUGGACUCCUUACAUUUCUUCUUUUAUUCUGGAUAUCCUAGCUGACACCUGCAUGCCAGCCGAAAUUAGUUAUUUGGACGUAUUAUAUAUCUGCUUAACAGUUUUGCUGGUGGAGACUGAAGUGGGUUGAUAAGCCCAGAAGUCCACAAGGAGUAGGAGAGUUGGAGGUGAAAAGCAAAAGGACGGAUGACAGUUAAUAUCUUAUAGUAUCGUGUGGGAUGUUUGUUUCCCAAGGGAACGACUCCCCAUCAUAACUUACUAUCCAAAGUGAAUGCGCUUUCUUCCUUGCAGGUUUCUGAAAGAACAUAACUGUAAAAUGUAGGGGUUCUUUCUGAACAUCUGCAAGGGGGAGAAGCCAAAGGUGACUAGAUCUACUGAUGUUAACAAAACAGAUUAGGAAUUUAUAUAUCAAGUAAAGAAAUUAAUCAUCUU